AUGGACCCCAGGAUAGUCAUGAUGAUGCGACAGAUGCAGCUGGAAAUGCAGAUGAGAGCGCAGUUGGAAGAAGCGCAAAUGCAGGGCAUGCCGCUAAGACAACGCCUGCAAAUGGCGGAACAGCUGCGCAUGAGAGCGACGAUGAUGAUGGGAGCUCAGCGCGAGCAAAUGAUGGAGGCGCAACAAGAACAGGUAAUCAUGGCCGCAUAUCGCCAACAGAUGAUGGCAGAGCAGAUGCGCAUGGCUGGCGGUGGUGCAGGAGGGCCGAUGCCACCGGGCGGCAUGCCUUUCCCACGUGGCCCAAUGUUUUUCCCAGGAGGCAUGGGCGGGCCGGGACCCGAUCCUCGAAAUCAUCCGCGAGCUGAAUCUCCGGACAAUACUUCGGAUUCCGACCGGCCUCACGACGCUGGACCUGGUGGAGGGUCGCCAAGAUACGCUGGUGUUCGAAAUGGACGACCGGGAGUUGUGUAUGGAGAUUGGGAGGUUGAGGAAGUAGAGGAUGAGAAGUAG